GAUGCUCAAGUUGCUAUAUUCAGUGACCUAAAUGCCUUCGAAGAAAUCGUCGGCACCAUCUGCAUUCAAACCACCGAUCCGGGCCGCCUUCCCUCAGAUGUUGAAGCAACGAUAGACAAAGCAGUUCAAGAGACAUUGGAUCGAGCCGAGGGCACCAUCGGACCGACCUCCAGCCAGAUGGCUUUGCCACCAACGGUUUGGCCGUCACCGACGAUGCCGAUAACAGGUGCGACUGCGGUCUGGAAAUUGGGGUAUAGCCAGAAAAGUUGUGGGGAAAAACAAAUUGCUGGUGUGGGAGUAAAUGGCGAAGAGGAAGAUUUUAAAGACAAUGGAGAUGAGGAGGAUGGAGAGGAAGAAGAUGAGGGAGACGACGAAGAGGAAGAAGAGAGGCAAGACAUUGGAAUAUGUCAUCCUGAUGGGUCUCGAUCGGGCGGGCCUCCACGACACGAAGACUCGAGCUCUAUAGUCGUCGCAUGCAAAAGUGCCCUCGGCCGAGCAAGUUCAGUUGGUAGAUCAGUCCGCAAGAUCAGUCUUCCUUCACCUGGUCAAUCAACUGGGCUUUCUGGUCAUCGGGACGUGGUUGCUAGGCCAUCUGUAGGUCACAGCCAGUUUCGGCAGCGUCGCACCUCGACAGGCCUUGGAAUGGCUCUUUCAGGUGGUACUUUGACCAAGAAAGCUGCAGCAAGAACAGAAAUGUCAAAUAUGACUCCAUAA